AUGGGUAAUAUAUGCGGAGGUAAAGACUCAUCGGAUGGAGGUUCAUCAUCAUCCUCAAACAAUAAGAACAAUAACAACAAUGGAAGAAAUCCAAACAAUAGUUCCUCGGGAGGAAAUCGUUCAAAAACUCCAACUUCACCUCGAAGUAAAUCAGGAUCGAAUGCACAUCAGAAAGGAAGAAGAUUGUUGUUAGUGGGAGCAGGAGAUUCGGGAAAGAGUACGAUAUUUAAACAACUGAAGAGAAUAUAUACAAAUGGCUUCACAGACGAAGAAUUAAAGACAGCCAUUCCAUAUAUAUUAGAGAAUAUUAUCAGAAACAUGAUUCAACUAUGUCACGCCACAAAAACGUUACAAAUUUCAGUGCGAGAAGAAAAUGUCGAGAAGCGAGAUUAUUAUGCGGAGAUGACAAAGAAUCAACGAGCUCCACUGCAAGGAGCCAAAUUAUGGAAUCAAAAUAUGGCAAACGAUUUUAAAGCUUUGUGGAAUGACGAAGGUAUCAAGAAGGUUUUCACAGACCAUCGAUCUGAAUAUUUAAUUGAGGAUAGUGUAAACUAUUACUUUGAAAAACUAGAUGAAAUAGGAAAACCUGGUUGGGUACCCUCCGAUGAAGAUCUUUUGAGAACAAGAAUCAAAACGACAGGACUGGUGGAACAAACAUUCAUGUCUAAUGGAAAACCUUUUACAAUGAUUGAUGUAGGAGGUCAACGAACGGAACGAAAAAAGUGGAUUCACCAAUUCGAGAACGUCGAUGCCAUUUUGUACAUUUGCAGCUUGUCAGAGUUUGACCAAAAAUGUUACGAAGAUGAAGUGACCAAUAGAAUGAAAGAGUCACUGGAUUUAUUUGAAAGUUACAUCAACUCGACCUAUUUUGAGAGCUCUCUUGUUUAUUUAAUUUUGAAUAAGAUUGACUUGUUCACAGAUAAAAUCAAGAGAGGUGUCAGAUUAAAGGACACAUUCAAAGAUUAUACAGGCGAUCAAUACGACGAAGAGGCAGCCAAACAAUAUGUUGAAGGGUUGUACAAGCUUAAAGACAGUCAUGAUAAAUUACGAGGAGUGAUUUACUUGACGGCCUUGGACAAGGCUUCUCUAAAAGCAAAACUUGAAGAGAUUGUUGAUGAUGUUGUUAAUGCAGAGAAUGAAAUUUAA